AUGAAGAUUCCAAUUUUUUCCUUCUUCUUUUCUUUCUUCCUUUCAUUGUUUCCUUCACCUUUUCUUUCUCUCUUUCUUUGUUCUUUCUUUCUUUCUUUCUUUCUCUCUUUCUUUCUUUCAAAAUCAAACAAUUUCUCUAUUUAUUUCUUUAUUUCUUUAUCCCAUGAAGAUUCCAAUUUUUUCCUUCUUCUUUUCUUUCUUCCUUUCAUUGUUUCCUUCACCUUUUCUUUCUCUCUUUCUUUGUUCUUUCUUUCUUUCUUUCUUUCUUUCUCUCUUUCUUUCUUUCAAAAUCAAACAAUUUCUCUAUUUAUUUCUUUAUUUCUUUAUCCCAUGAAGAUUCCAAUUUUUUCCUUCUUCUUUUCUUUUCUUCCUUUCAUUGUUUCCUUCACCUUUUCUUUUCUCUUUUCUUUUGUUUCUUUUUUUCUUUCUUUCUUUUUUCUUUCUUUCUCUUUCUUUCUUUCAAAAUCAAACAAUUUCUCUAUUUAUUUCUUUAUUUCUUUAUCCCAUGAAGAUUCCAAUUUUUUCCUUCUUCUUUUCUUUCUUCCUUUCAUUGUUUCCUUCACCUUUUCUUUCUCUCUUUCUUUGUUCUUUCUUUCUUUCUUUCUUUCUUUCUUUCUUUCUUUCUUUCAAAUAUCCAACUAUUCUUUCUUUCUUCUCUUUAUUUCUUUCAUUCAUUGUUUUUUUCUUUCUUUAUUUAUUUAUUCCUUUCAUUAUUUCUUUCUUUCACCAUUUCUUUCUUUGAAAUCUCCAACCAAUUGUAUUUCUUUCUUUCUUUCGACAUUUCUUUCGACCUUUCUUUCUUUUAUCAUUUCUUUCUUUCAAAUCUUCAACCAGUUCUCUCUUCGUCUUUCUUUCUUUCUUUCCUUCCUCCCUUCUUUCUUUCUUUCUUUCUUUCUAAUCUCCAAUCAAUUCUAUUUCUUUCUUUUUCUUUCUUUCUUUCUAUCUUUCUUUCUUUCUUUUUUUCUUUCGCCGUUUCUUUCUUUUACCCUUUCUUUCUUUGAAAUCUCCAACCUGUUCUAUUUCUGUCUUUCUUUCUUUCAUUCUUUCUUUCUUUCUUUCUUUCACCCAUGUAUUUUGCUAGUUCAUUAUUUCUUUCUUUUUCUUUUCGCCUUUUUAUUCCUUCUGUUUCAAUGUACUCGUUUCUCUCCCUCGUAUCAAUCAAGUUAUACACUGUAUUCUCAAAACGGUUAG